AUGGACAUCCUCGAGGGCUUCCUGCUUGUGCCUCCCGAUCGCAGCCAAAUACUUGGAAGAGCUAGCUGGAAAGCGCGAUACGUUCUCGUCGGUCGAAAAGCACCAGUCCUCCGGGACAAUGCUCACAAUUGCUACAAUGGGAAUCGCACGCUCCCCAAAAACUUGCCCAAAGCCGCCAGCGACGAAUACUUCGUAUCUGUAUACAAGCACAAGGAUGACUUUGAGCCCAUUCAACAAUGGAGCGCAUCGUUGAUCACCGAUUGCCAGGUGCAGAAUGUCUCCCACCGAAAGCAAACCGUUGCUCAGCCCACUCUCGUCAUAACUCUUGCCGACAAGGAGCGCAAGCGCCGUUCUAGCCGUGCUGCUGGACUUGUAUCCUCAAAUAAAGACUCGGGCUCAACUGCUCUCUGGUUCCGCACGCCUUCGGGCAACCCGCAGCACACUCUUGAUGAUUGGGCUCGGUUCAUCUUGUCCAAAAAGUCCAUGUCCAACUCGGAGAGUCCCGUAUCUCCCGUUUUCACCAGCCCCUUCACCUCGCGCAGCCGAGAUAUGCCAGAAUACUUUCAAAGACCUGGAAGCAGUGGCAACCGCCUGCAGCACAAGAGCUCUACCGCAACAUAUUCGACAGGUCCUAGGGAUCGCCCUGUGACGUUCAGCUCCGAGUCCCCUAGCUUGCGUUCCAAACGCAGCGACCUCUCCUCUCCUUCUACUACAAACCAUAAUUAUCCUAUUCCUGGCCAAUUGUACACAACGGUACUGCCGACUGACAUUGGCCCCUCUGGCGAGCACAACGGCGACUCUAGAGAAGGGUGGGCGACUGGCUCGACCCACGGUCGCUCAACCGUCAACUCACCCGCCAACAUACCCGCCAACAUACCCGCCCACAUGCGAGACAGCAUGACCAGCCACGGAUAUUUCGGCGAGAUGCCCGACGUGAACGCACCUCCAGCCCCAGGCGAAACCAUUCUCGAUCGAGCCUUCAAACUCGGCCAUGUUCCGUUCGCAAUCCCAGAUGUUCCUGGGCAGGAAAAGCUGAGCUCCAUUGCCAGAUUCGAUGCCUUGAUGCGGGACGCUGAGCAACGACGUUUACAAAAACAGGCGGCCGAAAAGAGAAACCGUCUAGCGCUUCAAAGCAGAUUUGAUGAUAACGACUCCUCGGAAGAGACACAGUCCGAUGGCUCUCACGGUGCAGCUACCGGAGACGACGCAUACGGGCAAUCUCGGAAAGCAGAGUUGAUUUCACCAACGGCGCAAAGGGCUCUAGACUUUAUAGCUGAGCGAAAGGCCCAAGGCCAUCCUAGCCACCGACCCUCAGCUUCUCGAAAUCACCUAAGUUUUCAUGCCGAUAGGGCGCCAGCUGCCAUAAUCACGGCACCGCCGGUGCGUCCUCACACCGCUCACGCCAAAAGCCGACCCGGCGCGCAGCGCACACAAAGCACUCCUCAUCUCGUCGCCUCACCGGGGACCCUUGACGUACCCAAUUUGCCUAGCAAGAUCCACGAGGAUCCGCGCAAGCCCCCAGCUGAGAAGCGCAUUUCUGGCUCAAGCUCAAAGAGACUGAGUCUGAAUGAUAUAACCAAACGAUUCUCGAGCACGAGCAGUCUGUUGCUUGUGCAGACAAACGCCAGUGGUGCCAGCAGUCGUCGAAGCAGCGAAGUCGACGUCAACCCUCCUGCGCCGCGAACCAAUCUCUCCAUUCGUGGAAACAGUCAGGCUGCCAGAAGCCGGGAAGAUCAAAAGUGCGGCUGGCGAGGCAGUGUCAACGUCGUAUCGUCCGAGGGCGGCUUUUUGUAA